UGAAAAACCACAUUUGCUAUGUCGUCGAUGGACGCGGACGGAGCGGUUUGCCACGAGGCCCAGCAUCCCGUCCAUGGUCCCGAGACCAAGCCGGCGCGGGCGUCGCGCCCGUGGUGGCUCUUUGGGUCGGCGCCCGCGGCCCGCGAGUGGGACCCGACGCUCGACGUGUUCAACAGCGCACCCAGCAUCGCGAUCAAGGGCGCCCGCGUCGAGGACGACUGGCCCGUCAAGACGAUCGAGUUUGACGUGCAGUUGGUCUACAAGGACACGACGUGGGAGACGUCGAUCUCCAAGAGCAACAUCUACCGCAUCUGGUUUUACAUCAAGAGCCACGGCCUCAUGAGCGCGAUGGCCAACGUCGGGUCGCCCGAGUCGCCGCCGCCAACGUCGCCGCGCCCAAUCUCGCCCAAGCCACCGGCGUCGCCGUCGAAAGCCAACUCGGGCAUGUUUGACAUGCCGCAGCUCCGGUACUUCUUCUUUGCGACGCACGAGCGCUCGACGCGCGAUGAGAUGCUGCGGCUGAUCGAAGCCUACCUCAACACGGCGUUCGCGAUUCCCAAGGUGCGCGCGUCGGCGUACGUGCUCUCGCUCUUCCAGAUCAGCGCCGGCACGUUCGAUGCGGACGGCCGCGUCACGUCGCAGCGCGAGGGCUGGCUCAAGGUCAAGACUUGGCUCAAGGGCAACCAAGAGAACGUGCGCGUCUACCGCGGCGCCGUGGCGUGCGACAACUGCUGCUUCAACUGCCUCUGCGUGUGCAAGAAGGUGGCGUACCAGACGACGCACUGGAAGUGGGUCGCGCUCAAGCCGUGCUGCCUCGCGAUCUACGCCUCGAACCGCGACAAGGCGCCCAAGGAAGUGCUGCUCUUCGACGCCAAAUUCAAGGUCGAGCGCGGCGUGCGGUUUGUCGGGUCGCACAAGGCGCUCGUGAUCUCGAAUGCGUCGUUCGUGCUGCACGUCGAGGCGCGGCACCGCGACGACGCGCUCAAGUGGGCGAAUGCGAUUCGCCGCACGAUGGAGGCGAGCGAGUGGUCCCAGAACCACCGCGACGAGUCGUUCGCGAUCCCGCGCCCCAUGAAGUCGUCUCGCGCGCAGUGGUACGUCGACGGCCACGACGCGUACGCGGCGAUCUACGAUGGCCUUUUGCGUGCGACCAAGGAGAUCUUUAUCGCGGGGUGGUGGAUCUGCCCCAACACGUACCUCAAGCGGCCGUCGACGGCGUUUCCGGACGCGCGCCUCGACCUUGUCCUGAAGCGCAAAGCCGACGAAGGCGUCCAGAUUUACGUGCUCAUGUACAAGGAAGUCAGCGUCGCGUUGACGCUCGACAGCAUGUACUCGAAGAAGACGCUGCGGAGUCUGCACCACACCAACAUCCGCGUCUUGCGCGACCCGGACUUUAUCAUGAAGCAGUGGGGCAUGUGGUCGCACCAUGAGAAAAUCGUGUGCAUCGACCAGCGCGUCGCGUUUGUCGGCGGCCUCGACCUCUGCUUUGGCCGCUACGAUACGCCUGAGCAUGCCCUCUUUGACGACGCGGGCGCGACGUUCCCGGGCAAGGACUACAGCAACCCGCGCAUCAAGGACUUUGUGCAGGUGAACGAGCCGAACGUCGACCUCAUGGACCGCCACGCGCACCCACGCAUGCCGUGGCACGACUGCCACUGCCAGCUUGUCGGAGACCCGGCGCGGGACAUAGGCCGUCACUUUAUCCAGCGCUGGAACUUUUCGGUGAGCACGCGCGUCAAAGGCCACAAGUUUGAGCACAUUUUGCCGCAAACGGCGCCGCCACCGCCGCCACCAAGCACCGCGCACCCGACGCCUCCGCGCCGCCUGCUCAACCGAGGCUUUAGCCGGCUUGUCGACGUGACGGAUGAGGACAUUGAAGCCGACAACAGUCAUGCAGCGCCCGUCAUCGCAUCGGUCCUCGAGGACGCAUCGUCGAUCGACGUAGCGUCGCCUGGGUCGGACGAAGCCGGCAUCCCUUGUGCGGUCCAAGUCGUCCGGAGCAUCUCGCUCUGGUCGGGGGGCUGUCCCACAGAGAAGAGCAUCCAGAAUGCAUACAUCCGCCUCAUUACGUCGGCGACGAGCUUCAUAUACAUCGAGAAUCAGUUCUUUGUGUCGGGCAUCGAAGGCGACACGCUCUGCCAGAACCGAAUCGCGAAUGCGCUCGUCGCCCGCAUCUUGCGCGCGGCGGCCGCGAACGAGCCGUUCCGCGUCAUGGUGGUGAUGCCGCUUCUGCCUGCGUUUCAAGGCAAGCCCGAAGACAAGCAAGCGUACAGCUUGCGCGGUGUCAUGCACUGGCAGUAUCGCAGCAUUUGCCGCGGCGAAGGCUCGAUCUACCGCCGGCUCAAGAAGGAGAUUGACGAUCCAUUCGAGUACAUUGCGUUCUACGGGCUGCGCACGCACGCGAUCCAAGACGGGACGCCCGUGACGGAGGAAGUCUACGUGCACUCGAAAAUCAUGAUUGUCGACGACCGCGCGUGCAUCAUUGGCAGCGCCAACAUCAACGAGCGGAGCAUGAACGGCGACCGCGACUCGGAGAUCGCGGUCGUCAUCGAAGACGCCGAAUUCCUGCCGUCCGUGACGCUAGGUACAUAUAUAUCAUCGAUCCUGUGGUUUGUCACAUUGCCGUUUCCCAACUUCAACCUGCGGACAGGCGCGGGCGCGUCCGUUGGGCGCUUUGGCCACUCGUUCCGCAUGAAGCUCUUCGAAGAGCACUUUGGCGUCGCGCGCGGGUCGUCGCUCUACGAGCGGUACCGCGACCCCGUGCCUGCGGCCACGUGGUUUGCGUUCCAGGACCAAGCGAUGAAGAACGCGCUGCACUACAAGUCGGUCUUUGGCUGCCUCCCCGCCGACGACGUCCGGUGCUUCUCCGACAUGGGCGUCAAAUACGACCUUGACAAGAAGGAGCGCGUCGGGACGUUCCGCAAGGUGCCCGAGCUCCAUGCGACGAGCCAGGACGCCGACGUCGACGCCGCCGAGCACGUGCGUCCGCCGACGCUUCCCGAAGAGGAGCCGACGACAGCGCCGCCAGCCGCGCCCUUUCACGCUGCGUCCACGUCGGGCAUCCAAACGAGCGUCGCGCUCCCGGACGAGACGCUUCCGCGGUCCGUCUCGCACCGCGAGAAGGAGUCGAACGGCCAAGUGUUCACGUUUGCCAUGACUGCGAUGCGCUGCCACACGACCGUGAGCGUCCAGCGCCAGGCCGAGCUCGGCGGCGUGCGCGGGCAUAUCGUGUACUUUCCGCUGCGGUUCCUCGAGGCCGAAGACCUCGAGCCCAAGUAUUACCCGGCCGAGCUCUUUCAGUAGAUGUCGAGUGAGUGCCGACUUGAAGUUGCUUAUUCUUAUUGCGCAAUUGCAAGCAUGUGCAAUGGCGACGCAGAGAUGUGGCAGGAGGGACGUCCUCGUCGUCCUUUCCUACGUCAUCAAGAGGCGCGCCCCUCGUCUGCGUAAUACAUAAUUGGUCCACCC